AUGGCAGGCCUGUUUGCGCACCUCACUGUUCAAACAGACUCCCCUGCCGCAGACACCUGUGCAGUGGAGGACAGGGCGGGCAGUAGCAGGGGUUCUCACCUCUUCUUGAUUCUCCUCACAGCCACCCUGGCAGCUGCUGCAGAGUCCGGACCACAUCAUGCCCGAGCUGGGCUCUGCAGCUGCUGGGGUGGCCAGGUAUUGCCCCUCCUUCCGGUCUACAUCUGCUACCUGCUGCUUGGGGCCACUAUCUUCCAGCUGCUGGAGAAGCAGGCAGAAGCUCAAUCCAGGGACCAGGUCCAGCUGGAAAAGCUGCGCUUCUUAGAGAACUACACCUGCCUGGACCAGCAGGCCCUGGAGCAGUUUGUGCAGGUCAUCCUGGAAGCCUGGGUGAAAGGCGCGAACCCCAAAGGCAACUCUACCAACCCCAGCAACUGGGACUUUGGGAGCAAUUUUUUCUUUGCAGGCACAGUGGUCACCACUAUAGGCUAUGGAAACCUGGCACCCAGCACAGAGGCAGGGUGUAUAGUCUAUGCCCUGAUGGGCAUUCCACUCAACAUGGUUUUCCUUAACCAUCUGGACACAGGGCUGCGUGCCCACCUGGCCACAUUGGACAGGUGGGAGGACCAUUCCAGGCAAUCCCAGUUCCUGCAGGUCCCGGGCCUGGCUCUGUUUCUCACUCUGGGGACCCUGGUCAUUCUCAUCUUCCCGCCCAUGUUCUUCAGCCAUGUGGAGGGCUGGAGCUUCUGAGAGGGCUUCUACUUUGCCUUCAUCACCCUCAGCACCAUUGGCUUUGGGGACUAUGUUGUCGGCACAGACCCCAGCAAGCAUUACAUCGCUGUAUACCGGAGCCUGGCAGCUGUAUGGAUCCUCCUAGGGCUGGCGUGGCUGGCGGUGAGCCUCAGCCUGGGAUCCCUGCUCCUGUGCAGGUGCUCCCAGCUCUGGCUGCUCAUCAGAGGCCUGGAGCCCAAAGAUGGAGCAGCCCCUGACUCUGACCCCAGACCACAGAAAAUCACCAUCUCUGCAUGA